AUGGAGGACAAGUUAAGAGAGGGGAAGAUGGUGAGGGUGGGUUUGGGCGCUUGGGUACCUUGUCGCAGGUUGGGCCGGAUGGCCGUCUCCUUCGGCUUCCACCGUGGGCUCAGCACGUUACUUGCACCGAAGGCCGAGCGGGCGCCACGGUGGCUCCCAGCUUGCAGACAAAAGACCUCAAUCUCUUACCUUAGUCGACCAGACCUUCCAAACCUGGCUUAUAAGAGGCUAAAAGGCAAAAGUCCAGGAAUUAUCUUCAUCCCUGGCUAUAUUUCUAAUAUGAAUGGUACAAAAGCAUUGGCGAUUGAGGAGUUUUGCAAAUCUCUAGGUCACGCCUAUAUAAGGUUUGAUUACUCAGGAGUUGGAAAUUCAGACGGUAACUUAGAAGAAUGCACAGUGGGAAAAUGGAGAAAAGAUGUUCUUUCUAUAAUUGAUGACUUAGCUGAAGGACCACAGAUACUAGUUGGAUCUAGCCUCGGUGGAUGGCUUAUGCUUCAUGCUGCAAUCGCACGGCCACAAAAGGUUGUUGCUCUUAUUGGCGUAGCGGCAGCUGUGGAUGGCCUAGUGACACAGUUUAAUCAGCUUCCUGUUGAGGCAAAAAAGGAAAUAGAGAUGAAAGGUGUGUGGUCCAUGCCAUCAAAAUACAGUGAAGAAGGAGUUUAUCGCAUUCAGUACAGUGUCAUUAAAGAAGCAGAGCACCACUGCUUGUUACAUAGUCCUAUUCCUGUGAACUGCCCUAUAAGAUUGCUCCAUGGCAUGAAGGAUGACAUUGUACCAUGGCAUACGUCCAUGCAGGUUGCUGACCGAGUAGUCAGCACAGAUGUAGAUGUCAUCCUCCGAAAGAAUAGUGAUCAUCGAAUGAAGGAAAAAGCGGACAUUCAACUUCUGGUUUACACUAUUGAUGACUUAAUUGAUAAGCUUUCAACUGUAGUUAACUAGAAUCACAGUUUUAGUUGGAAUGUAAAGUAAUGGAUCCAGAAGAUGGAAGAGGGAUAACAGAUGAAG